AUGCCCUCACCAAUUCGGGCGAAACACCUAAAGCCUGGUGACAAAGUCGCGUUCAUUUCACCAUCGGAGCGUAUCAACGCCACGCUUCCAGCAGUGGUAGACCGAGCCUCUGCUCUUCUCACAAACAAAGGAUACCAAGUGCAGACUUUCUUCAGCGCAGAUAAGGGCAUUCAGUCAUGCAUCGAUAAUCGACUCUCUGAGAUCCGGGCCGCUUUCUCAGACCCCAGCAUCUCCGCCAUCAUCACUACCAUUGGCGGCACAACCUUCACAGAGCUUCUCCCGGCCCUGAUUGCGGAUAAAGAACUUCACGAGACCAUUCGCGCAAACCCAAAGAUUGUAGUGGGCUAUUCCGACAUCUCGGGCUUGCACUGGUUCUUGUAUGGUUUGACGGGUCUCAGGACUUUCUAUGGUCCUGGUGCAGUACCCGAGAUCGGGGAAGCGAACGAUAUCAACGACAAAGAUACCCCUCUUGCCUUCUGUGUCGAUAAUCUGCUUCGAGCAAUUACAUCUACAGAACCACUCGGACAGAUUCCCAGAUCCAAGUUUUAUGCACCCAGAGCAGCGCCCUUCUUUGCAACACCAGAAUCCACAGAGCCACCAGAGGUUGUGAAGACAACGGACUGGCAAUGGCUGCGACAUGGAAAGGCUCGGGGUCGCUUGUUCGGUGGUUGCCUCACUGUAGUCGCCCGCUUAUCGGGAGUUUCAGCCAUUAUUCCUGACUGGCGUGGCAGAAUCGUCUUCCUCGAAACUGCUACGAACGAGGACGGUUCUGGUGGGAACCCUCCUCAUCGUGUUCAGGCAGCGUUUGCAGACUUGAUAGCUCAAGGUGUCUUCGAAGAGGCGGCAGGACUGGUUGUGGGACGACCUUAUGGAUAUGAUUCUGAUGAGGAGCGAGAGGUUUAUGCUAGCAUCAUCAAGGGACUAUUCUGUGAGGGACGGCUUGCGUCAAAGAACUUCCCGAUUCUAUUCAAUGUGGAUAUUGGACAUACGACGCCCAUUGUCACAUUGCCGUAUGAUGCCUUGGCUGAGCUUGAUUCUGAGACUGAUACUUUUGCUGUUUUGGAAUCUGGGGUUGAGUAG